UACUUGCUCGGUGCGCCUUAAAGGAUUCUCUGAUAAAUCAACCGAAAAUUGCAUAAAAUAAAAUUGUUUGCCAAAUUGUGCGCAGCAAGAGAACCAAAAAGCAAAAAACAAAACCCCACACUCACGUGUAAAAUAUGACUAGCCAGUUACAUUGAAAGUACAACAAAAUAAUAAGAGAGCAAACUUACGCAAAUAACCUGAAGAACCAUACGAUCAACUAGCAACAUGCGGUUUCCACAAAAUGCCUAUCAAACGGCAUUGACCACAAUACUUCUGGCGCUCACAUUGGAGAUGACCGCGGCUUUACGGGAUGUCCGGGUCCGAGUUCCCCACGCGGUGCGGCGUAGUGAGAAGGCGAUACUGAAAUGCUUCUAUGACAUCGAGGAUGACAGUCUGUACUCGGUGAAGUGGUACAAGGGCAGACGAGAGUUCUACCGGUACACUCCGAAGGAAACGCCGCCCAUGAAGGUCUUUCACUUCCCAGGAGUCAAAGUGAGACGCGUGUCCUCGAACGAGAGCCAAGUGGUGCUCGAUGCGGUAACAAUGGCUACAUCCGGUAAAUACAGUUGCGAAGUAUCGGCGGAUGCGCCCUCAUUUCAUACAUUAAUAGCGGCAGCCGAAUUGGAAGUUAUUGAAACGCCCCACAAUGCGCCAUUCAUAACGGGCAUACGUCCUCGGUACCGGGUCGGCGACAUAUUGCGAGGUAAUUGCACAUCGCGACACUCGCGGCCGGCGGCCAAUCUCACAUGGACAGUGAAUAAUGAAGAGGUAAAUCCUGCCCUAGUGCGACACCACAAAAUACUUCGUGAUGCUCGUAAUGACAUGGAAACUGCAGUUGUAGGUAUCCACUUUGUAGUCACCGAUCAGCACUUUGAUAACGGAAAGCUUAAGCUCCGCUGCAGUGCCCAAUUGCACGAUGUGUAUUGGAAAACCACCGAAAAGAUUGUUCUCGAAGCAGACCUUUUUCCAAAGCACGGAACUGGGCCCAAUGGAAAUCAUGUGAAUCCCGACGAUUUCUAUGAUCAAUAUGCCCUUCACGAGGAUCACUUGCACAACAAAAAGAACAGCUAUCUGACGCAGCUACAGGAAUUCUUUUUCUAUCAUUUUGUACCCUCAGGCGAAGAAGACGACGGAAGCGAGGGCGGAUUAGGGGAUGGAGGAGCCGCCUGGCGAGGAGCCGGUUCGUCCAGUUCCCGCCUGAGUCCGAGCUCAAGUCAAUCCUGUUGGAUGGUCGGUGGAUCGCUAAUGGCGGUGCUCAGUUGGACGCUGGCCAGGCAAUUAGUGUCGCCGCUGCAGUCGAUGAUGACAAAGACCGGCGGUGCAACGUGCAACAUGAGCGGAAGGUGCACAAGCCGGCGGACAAGACCCCGUGGAAUGCGGGUCAGUGCAACAAAGCAAAAGCAAAAGCAAAAGCAAGAGCAAGAGCAAAGGCAAAUGCAGCAGGGGCAUCGCAAGUGCUGCCUGCGGGUGUCGAAAAGCAGCUGGAAAGGACGUGGAUAUGUGUGCGGAUGUGGAUGUGGAUUCGGCAGGAUCAACAGCAGAUGUAUCAGGCAAUUAACAUGAUUCAAUUGUCACACAACUCCAGUGCCACAAGCCAGGGGUCGAAAUUAAAGUGGAGUCCAGCGAAAGCUAUAGUUAGAGGAUGUCGGAGGAGAGUUCAGCCCAAGGCCAAGACCCAGAAGCAACUGCAGGAUGUAUCUAAAGUACUUACACUAACAAGACACCAGACACUCGUUUCAGCUAGCUCAAAGUAACUUCAAAUGCAUUUAAGGGAAGAAUACAAAACAUACAAGCAUACAGAGACAAUGUAACCCAGAUACGCGAUAUACAAGCCAAGCGCCAGUUCAUCAGAAAUGCAACGAUAUCUAUUUGUUUGACUUUCCCCAGAUGGAGAUAGAGAUGGUCAAGAGGUUUACGCUUUUGACAGCUUUCCAAAAUAAGAUUUCUCGUAUUUCUCAUAAUGUUAAUUUUUAAUUCGAAACCUCUCCAGAGAUCAUUU